CUGAUGGACAGACUGGCUGAGGAACUGACAGUGAGACUGACAGAGAGACUGACACAGAAAGACUGCCACAGAGAGACUGACAGAGAGACUGUACAUCACAGUUAGAGGACUAGUUAUACCUAGUUCUCUCUAGAUAAUAACGGCACAUUUUGUUUCCUGAAGCAAAAAUAUUUUAGACAGCCAUACACAGAUUGCAGCACAUUGGCAGAGACUGAUGGACAGACAGAUGGGCAAACCGACAAAGGGACUGACAGAGAGACUGAUGGACAGCCUGGCUGAGGAAUUGACAGAGAGAUUGACAGCGAGACUGUUCAACAAGGUGUUUCAGACUGACACAGACACAGACACUGACACUGACACAGACACUGACACAGACACUGACACAGACACUGACACAGAGACUGACACAGAGACUGACAAAGACACUGAAGAUCGCAGUUAGAGGACUAGUUAUACCUAGAUAUCUCUAGAUAAUGAAGGCAUAUUUUGUUUGUUGAAGCUAAAAUAUUUUAGACAGCCAUACACAGAUUGCAGCACAUUGGCAUGUGUUGUACAUUUCUGCUUUAAGAACGUGGCAAUGAAUUUCAGCUCCUAGGCUCCAAAUCACAAAAGUGCAGUGAUGAAACUCUUGACGCAAUGGAGCAAACGUGAAAAAAAAAAAGUGCUGACUGAGGCUCGCAUAUGAUUGGCCAGCUGCUGCAUGCAGAGAUACCUGAGUUUAGGCAGCAUACACUACGUGCAGUUUAUACUUGAUGAGUUUGUGCUGUGUGGAGAAAGGAGAGAGAGAGAGAGAGAGAGAGAGAAAGAGAGAGACUGGGACUGCGGGUGAUUCUGCAGCCACACGAGUACUGCAUCAUGAACACAAUGACAGGAGAGGACGAGCUGACUUAAAGGAUUACCUGUACUUUUUAAACCACCGCGAUCAUGAGUGCUCCCUGUUCCUUCUGCGGCGGUCUGCGCGAGUGUAAUGAGGAUACUGCAAUGGAAUCUUUUCCAGGAAACCUUCACCUGGUACUAGUUCUGAGACCAACCAGCUUCUUCCAGCGCACAUUCACGGACCUCGUCUUCCGCUUCAGCCAAGAGGAUUUUAUGCUCAAGUUACCCGUUGUGAUGCUGAGCUCGGUCACUGACUUACUGCGCUACAUUGAUGAGAAUCAACUAACUUCGGAAUUUGGAGGCACUCUGGACUACUGCCAUAGCGACUGGAUCUUCCUCAGAACUGCUAUAGAGAGUUUCGCAGUGACUGUGAAGGACAUUGCUCAGAUGCUACAGGCCUUUGGAACAGAGUUGGCAGAGAUGGAAUUAUCACAGGAGAGCAAUGCCAUCGAGUUGCUGCUGCUGUCACACACUGAGAAGUACAGGAGACUGAAGGAUGCUAUCAGCUCAGUGAUGAGGGAGGGACGCUACCUGCUCUCCAGCAUGGAGGCUUCUGGGAAGGAGGAGAAUAAAGAUACACACUGGGACAUAACACAGGACUGGGACACAGUACAGAGACUGCUGGCCCAGCUGAGAGAUAUGGAAAUGGCUUUUGAUGAUUUCUUUGACAAGCACCACCUCAAACUUCAGCAGUACCUGCAGUUGCUGAGAUAUGAGCACAGCUUUCAAGAGAUGGAGAGUUCUUUGGAGAAGUUGAGUGCUCAGGAGGGGAAGCUUAUUGUUACAGGAGAAACGCUGGCACAGACAGAGCAGAUAAUCAAAGAGCUGGAUAUUCUGGAGAAACGAGCCCAGGAGGAAAUGACUCGGGCCCAGGUGAUGAUAUUGCAUGGACACCAGUUGGCUGCGGGUCAUCAUUAUGCAACGCCUCUGAUCGUACAGCGCUGUAAUGAGCUCAGACACCACUGUGACACACUAAACUCUGCCAUCAGUGCUAAAUGUAAAACACUCAUACAAGUGCAGAGCUUACUGCAACACCUAGACGAGGCCCAGAAGUGGUGUGAUGAUGGCACGUACCUCUUAGCCAAUCAGCAGUUAGAAAAAGUUCACUCUAAAGAAGGUGCUCAGGCAGCACUGAGUGAUUUAGAGAAGUUCCAGGAGGGGGCGCCAGCGCUCCUUAAUGCUGGGCCAGACUUGCUCUUUCUGGAAUAUGAGGGCGUUCUCACUCCUCAUCUGCAGACUCAUAUAGAGAAGACUUUUGAGAAGUAUGCCUCUGUUCAGAAUCUAUUCCAGACUAGACAGACCUGCCUGAAGAAACUAGCAGACAAACAUGUGCGGCCGGUACAGCUGGUAGCACCUCGACCAGAGAAUCCACCACGGUCAAAGUCCCCAGUCUUUUCCCCCAAACAUGAUCUCAAUUCAACUAUAAAAUUCACCUUUGACUUCUCAGGCAAAAGAGCGACACGGAAAAGCCCAAACCCCAGGAAGAUUGAGGUGUUGCACGACUAUCAGAACCGCAACUCUCUGUCCUACGUUGUGGAUGGUGAGGAUGGAGCAGACCUGCUGAAACAUCGUGUAAUGAGGGAGCUGAUCGAGACAGAAAGAAUAUAUGUAGAAGAGCUUCUGACUGUGUUGCUGGGCUACAGGGCAGAAAUGGACAACCCCUCCCUCUCUUCUCUCCUGCCCAACAGCCUACGCAACAAGAGAGAUAUACUGUUUGGAAACAUGCCUGAUAUCUACAAUUUUCACAGCAGAGUAUUCCUGCAAGACCUGGAGAGCUGUUUGGACACGCCUGAAGCUGUGGGAGCAUGUUUUCUAGAACGGAAAGAGAACUUCCAGGUGUAUGAAUGUUACUGUCAGAAUAAGCCGCGAUCGGAGUCCUUAUGGAAGCAGUUUUCUGACUGUGCCUUUUUCCGGGAGUGCCAAAAGAAGCUGGAGCACAAACUGGCUCUGGAUUCAUACCUGCUGAAACCAGUUCAGCGUCUUACCAAGUACCAACUCCUACUGAAGGAGUUGCUGAAGUACAGCUCAGGUUGUGAGAGGGUCUCUGAGCUACAGGGUGCACUAACUGCCAUGCUGGACUUGCUCAAAUCAGUUAAUGAUUCUAUGCACCAGAUCUCCAUCACAGGAUAUGAGGGUGAUCUGGCUGAUUUGGGCCGGGUCCUGAUGCAGGGCUCCUUUAGUGUGUGGAUCAGUCAUAAGAAGGGCGCGACACGGGUGAAGGAGCUCGCACGCUUCAAACCCAUGCAGAGACACCUGUUCCUGUACGAACGUGCACUCCUCUUCUGCAAGCGCAGGGAAGAUCAUGGCGAGCACGCUAAUAAGACACCUUCCUACAGCUUCAAAAACUGUCUAAAGAUGAGUGCUGUGGGCAUCACAGAGAAUGUGAAAGGAGAUGUGAAGAAGUUUGAGAUCUGGUACAGUGGCAGAGAGGAAGUGUACGUGGUGCAGGCACCGACAGUGGAGGUGAAACUUGCCUGGUUGAAAGCAAUUAGACAAAUUCUCACCAACCAGCAGAAACUAUUCAAAGGUGAACUUUGUCACUCCAACACAUUGGCUGAGCGGUUUCCUCUGUCUCCGCCCCUCUCUGAGAGAGCUCACUUUUUGAAAUUGAGCAAGAAGCAAAGAGCGUCAGUCAGCUCGGAGGAGACGGAGUCGGGCCACAGCAGUCCAGACCCAUUUAGCCGUUCUCCAAAGCACAAGGACAACAGACACAGUUGGCCAGGUGCCACUCACCCGGUUGAUAUCUGUGAGGAUCUGGAGGACUGGAGUGGAGCUAAUCUCUCUAACAUGUCUGAUACUGAAGAGGAGGACACUGUUCGUUUGUACCCAGGUAAAUACAAGGCUGUAGCAGGCUCUCAGAAAUAUGGUCCAGAUGACCUCAUCAUUAAGUGUGAUGAUGUCAUACAGCUGCAGCAGGAGGACAAUGAUGGUCACUGGUUGGUGAAGAACCUGAGCAAGAAACAGAAGGACAGGCUCUCUGCUUCAGGUCAGCUUGGCAUUCUGGGAAGCUGCAGCAGAGGGCGCUCCAACCAGCUGCAAGGGUCGUGGGGAGCCUGGAGCCUAUCCCAGGAGACUCGGGUCACAAGGCAGGGGACACCCUGGACAGGGUGCCAACGCAUCACAGGGCACAAUCACACACAUGCUCACACCCAUUCACACACUACAGACAAUAUAGAGAUGCCAAUCAGCCUACAACACAUGUCUUUGGACUAGGGGAGGAAACCAGAGUACCCAAAGGAAACCCCCAAAGCACGGGGAGAACAUGCAAACGAAUCGAACCCCCAACCCGGGAUAAAUAUAUACCCUAUGUAGCUUAUUUUCUACUUGUUUUCUUUUCUGUGCAUUCAUGACUGUGACCCAUUUGUUGU